AUGCCAGCAAUCGACGAAGAAAUAGAGGAGAGGAAAAUAGCGCUCAUGAAGCCGGAAAACGCGAGAUCGAUCCGAGAGAAGUCAUUGGUACGGAACUUCGAGUUAGUAGAUGGCAUGCUAUUGAAAGUGAUGAAGGAUCGAGUAAACGCUGAGAAGCAGGAACUGAUCAAAACGUGGAAGGCGUUCGUCGUGCCGCGAGUAUUGCGAAAAUAUGUUGUGGUCGAGUGCCACGAUAGGAUGGGUCAUUUUGGACUGAGGGAGACGUGGGAAACAAUGAGACGGUACUACAGGUUCGAGGGAAUGAAGGACUACUUGAAGUAUCAUCUGAGAGCGUGUUUGAACUGCAUGUUCAACGGAAAUCUGUCGGGCAGGAAGGAAGGGUUAUGCAAUCCGAUCAGACCCGAGAGACGCCCAUUCCAGGAAGUCUUCAUGGACCAUAUGGAACCGUUGCCGGCAUCGAGAGGAAAACAACAUGUGAUCGUUAUGAUCGAUGGGUUGACCGAAUUCGUCGUCUUAGAAGCAGUGAAGACGACGGAAACGAGAUAUGUCAUCACUCAUCACGUUCCUCGAGACAACGUUUCUGAACUAUGGGGAUCCCGAGCGAUUGGUAUCCGAUAG